UGCCUGGCCGCCUGCGCCCCGGGGAAGCCGCCCGCGCGCCACGGGACCAGCAGCAUGAGCAGCGGCUACAGCAGCCUCGAGGAGGACGCCGAGGACUUCUUCUUCACGGCCAGGACCUCCUUCUUCAGGAGAGCGCCUCCGGGCAAGCUCCGCGGCGGCCAGCAAGAUGUGGAGAAAGACAAGGAAACUCACAAUUACCUCAGCAAAGAAGAAAUCAAAGAGAAGGUUCAUAAAUAUAAUUUAGCUGUUACAGACAAAUUGAAGAUGACCUUGAAUUCAAAUGGGAUUUACACUGGCUUCAUUAAAGUGCAGAUGGAGCUCUGCAAACCUCCACAGACGGCCCCCAGCCCUGGGAAGCUGACACCCAGUAGCAGCGGCUGUAUGAACACGCUUCAUAUCAGCAGCACCAACACUGUGGGAGAAGUAAUCGAGGCCCUGCUCAAGAAGUUUCUUGUGACCGAGAGCCCAGCCAAGUUUGCACUUUAUAAGCGUUGUCACAGGGAAGACCAAGUGUAUGCCUGCAAGCUCUCAGACCGGGAACACCCACUCUACCUGCGUUUGGUAGCGGGGCCCAGAACCGACACACUUAGUUUUGUUCUUCGUGAACAUGAAAUUGGAGAGUGGGAAGCUUUCAGCCUUCCAGAACUACAGAACUUCUUGCGCAUCUUGGACAAGGAAGAAGAUGAACAGCUGCAGAGCCUGAAGAGGCGCUAUGCAGCCUACAGGCAGAAGCUGGAGGAAGCCCUGAGUGAGGGGUGGAAGCCUGGUUAAAGCACAGAGCUCCCUGCCAGGAAGGCACAGCUUGGGACCCAUGCACAAAAGAGCAGUGUGUGCCUCUCUUCUCAGAGAGCCGUCAUGCCCCAUAAUGCUAGGGUCCUCCCUUUUUCUCUGUAGGUGUAGUUCCCAAGGCCCGAUCAUGCAGUAUCCUGUGUGAGGGACUCUAAGUUUGUUCUGUUAGAGCACGGGACAUGACCUCUUGCAAGCUGUGAACCUGUGGUCACCAGGAGCAUUCUAGAUUGCUUGGAAGCAUGAACUCUGGGUUGAUUUUCCUUAUUUUAUCCUAGUUAUUUUAAUUAUGUGAUGAAGUUAAGCUUCAGGAUGUGCAAAUGUGUUUUAAAAGCUUAACAAGGAAUCUCUGAAUGCUUUCCCUAUAUUGAAACUACCUGUCUGUCUUGUUUUCUGUCCAAGGAAUCUGCCCAUGUGAACUGAAAGGCACAGGAAUUUGGUGGUUGUGGGGGAAUUGGAGAAGUCGUUUGUAAGAGUUUUGACGAAGAAAGUAAAGAGCAAGUUUCAAAGAAGGCCAGUGGGGAGGUGCAGGCCGAGAACUGGGGAAAGUGGUGGUCUGAUGGAUAGAGGUGAUAGAGGAGAAAUGUGUAUUUGCUUGUACAUGAGUUAAAAGCCUUUGGUGUUGAGAUGUUUGCUCCAUUUUAGAGUUGCUUGAUUUCUUAGUGGGUAAAAUGUGGGAUCAGAGCCAAAGAAGUAGGAGCUGAGUCCAAAGAAGGGAUCCAUGAACUCCGCUGCUGACAGAAGAGCCCAGCAGGUGGAUAGUAGAGGUGGAUCUUGCAGCUAGACCUGGCCCUUCCCUGCACCUUGUCCCCCAGCUUUUGAGGGUCUUUUAUGUGCAGGUGAAGCCUGAUUGUUUCCUGAUUCCUGUUAAGACUUACGUGUUUUCCCCCCUCAGAGGGUGUCUUCAAAGCUGAAAAAGAGUUUCUGUCAAGGCAGCUAUUUUCCCCUCUGGUUGGCUAGAUUUACCAAGUCCAGGGCUCACAGCAAACUUUGUGACAGUCACUCUUCCCUGGUAUUCCACCCUUCUUGGCCUUCCUUUUUUUUGUUCCUUCCUUUCCCUUUCCUCUCCUUCACCCUCACCUUUUCCCCUCUCCUUUACUAAGUGAAAAUCUGUUUUUACGAAAUAGAGAACAUAGAUAUUAAAGACCCACUCCUACCCCAUCCUCAGUUCUAGGAGACUUGACUGAGUAGGAGGGCCCCAAGGAAAGAGGAAAGUCCACCCCCUGCUGACCACACAACAGGCCUUCAUUAUGGAACUAUUUUAACAAAAGCGUAUGUUCCUUCCAACCAAAGAAACACGUGUGCAAUAGAAGCCUUCCUUCAGACAGGCACGACAGCCUCAUUUUCUGCAGCAGCUCACACAGCUAAGAAGAGGGAACAAAGUGCUGAGCAGUUCCAGAGGGGCCUUACAGUUGGUCUGUGUCUAGUGUAGUUAAUAUUUGUUGUUGUUGAUAAAUUCCCAAGGAAUUGUGAACACCUGAUUGGUGACACCUGAUGGAUUCUUUUUGAAAUUCCAAGGUGCUGCAGUUCUCUGCCUCCUAAGCAAACAGUGCCUUUGCCUGCCUGCCUGCCUGCCUGUCUCUUGCGAUGGCUCUCCUGACUGUUCAGAGUACCGUCUUGUUGGAGGCGUUAGGUGUUGGUUAUGCUGUGCCACACAGGCUGCCAAGACAAUCAGCUCUUCUAAGCUUUUAAGGAAAGUUGAGGGGAGAAAAAAAAAUAGGACUAGCUAUAAAAUAUGCAUGGCACAUCUUGUUUAAUUUUGCAUGUAAUUUUUUUAGUGCAUUGAUGAGGUUUAAGUGACAUUGUCAUCCAACACUUUGCCUUUAUUGUUCAGGGAAUGCGUCCAUGAUUUUUGUACUGGUUUUACUGCCCAGACUGUGGCUUGGGUUUGAGUAUAUUGUUAUCCACCAUCUGGUCUUUUAAUUACUCAUCCCAGUAAACUUAGAGUUUGUGAAGCAUUUGUUUCUCAGAAUAAGACACUGUUAGAACCUGAAGUAGCAGCUGAUGGGUAUCUGUGAAUUUUUUUUUUUUUUACUUGAAGUAGAUUGUCUGAAACAGGCAUCCUCAUCUGUUUAUCCAGAACCUCGCUUGCUGUCAAGUGCACUACAAGUCUCCAGUUGGGAACGUCACUGUAUUGAAGACUGAUGUUCUCUCCCAAACACUGGUUACCGCAGCAGCAUUUUUUAAUGUGUAAAAGAAGAAAAGGGGCCCCAUAGGCCACAGAUUUUUAAAAACCGUUGUACAAAUCUUUAUGUAAAAUGAAACUGAGCUUUGCUGUAAUACUGUUUCCUCUUCAAAAUGUGAUGGUACAGGAUGGUGUUAAAUGAAGGGUGGUAUCACAGGGGAGCUUUUUAAAUUGUAGAAGUAAAAUGUUAUAUUUAUAAGUUUGAUGAGUUUAAGUUUAUUUUUAUAGGAAGGUUUUUUCUUCCCUAAAAUUGUUUCUGGAAUGGCAAAAUUGUUUCCACUAUUAAAAAUAGAAGUUGUUAGUUGGUA